CCGCCGCCGCCGCCGCCGCCGCCGACGCAGCAGCAGCCAUGUCGCCGGCACCGCAGCCGCAGCUGAAGGACAAGGCGGCGCACGAGGUGCCGCGCGCGACGGUGGCCAGCGCCGUGGCGUCCCUCACCAAGUGGAUGCGCGAGCGCGCGGCGGAGGCGCCGCCGAACCUGCUCGCCGACGAGCGCGACGACCUCGUCGUGCUCCAGCUCUCGCUCCGCCGCGUGCCGCCCAAGCCCACCACCAAGCCGCACCUGCUCCCGCUCCCGCACCCCGUCGUCGCCCACUCGGCCGCCUCCGUCUGCGUCAUCUCCGACGACCGCGCCGGCUCCGGCUCCCCCGCCGCUACCGCCAUCCUCGACGCGGCCAGGUCCCUCAAGCUCCCCGUCUCGGAGGUCGUCCCCUUCUCCGCCCUGCGCACCGACUACCGCCCCUACGAGUCGCGCCGCCGCUUCGCCGCCUCCUACGACCUCUUCCUCGCCGACCGCGCCCUGCUCCCCAUGCUGCCCCGCCUCCUCGGCAAGGCCUUCUACUCCACCAAGAAGGCCCCCAUCGCCGUUGACUUCACCCGCGCCGGCUGGCCGGAGCAGGUCCGCAAGGUUCUGGGCUCCACUUUCCUGUACCUGCGGACCGGGACCUGCUCGGGGAUCAAGGUGGGCAGGCUCGACAUGGAGGAGGAGGAGAUCGUUGAGAACGUGAUGGCGGCUGUGGAGGCCGCCGUGGAGAAGGUGCCCAAGAAGUGGGCGAACGUGAGGGCCCUGCAUUUGAAGGCUGUUGAUUCCGUCGCACUACCAAUAUACCAGGUUGUGCCAGAGUUGGGCAUGAAGAUUGAGUUUCCGGUUGGGCGAUUGGAAGCAGGAGAGGUCAUCGAUGCUGCAGAAGUGGAGACUGGCAGCAAGGGCAAGGACAAGAAGAUGAAGGCACUGAAAAAUGUGGAUGCCAAUGGUGGAGCCGCAGGUGUGAAGUACAAGAGGAAAAGGAAAAACAAGGAUCAGACUGAAGAUGUUGUGAUGGAGGAAGCACAAGAGGUGACUGAGAAGAGGAGGAAGAAGGAGGCUGCGCCUUCCGUAGAGGUUUCUGCCGGUGAGGACCUGAAGACCCCAAAGAAGGGCAAGGAUAAGAAGCGUGCAUUGGACAUGGAGGUGGAGGAUGCCAGUCCGGCAGAGAAGAAGGGUAGGAAGAGUGAGGAAGCCAGCUACAAGAAAAGUAAGGGCAAGAAAGAAGGUAGCAAGCAAGUACCUGAGGAGGUGGAGGUGGAGGAUGCCAGUCCGGCAGAGAAGAAGGGUAGGAAGAGUGAGGAAGCCAGCUACAAGAAAAGUAAGGGCAAGAAAGAAGGUAGCAAGCAAGUACCUGAGGAGGUGGAGGAUGUUGGCAGCAAGAAGAACAAGGGGAAGAAGGGAGAGGUCAAAGAGGGGAAGAAGAAGAAGAGCAUGAAGGGUGAUUCUGAUGAUGGUGAAGUCCUCUUGGAUGGGGAAAGCACUCCUGCUGCUGUUAAAGUUGACAAGGAAGAGAAGAAGAGCAGGGGGAAGAAAUCAAGUGGCGAUAAGAUGAAGAGAUCCAGGGCAAGGGUCUAAGGUUGUAUUUGGUUUUCCUGAAAUUGCUGCUUGUCAGUUGAAUGCCAAUCUCUUGAAUUGAGACCAAGCUGCAUGUUCUAUGCAUAGAUAAGCUGGUAAAUCCGAUUACUGUCAGCUGUGAGAUGCAAUCAUUGUCGAACCUGCUUCUUUUUUGUAUUAGGAGAUUGCACUUAAGAUUAUACUGCUGAGUGUAAUACGGUGGUGCCGCGGCAGAAUAUCUGGAGUAGUUUCUUCAGAUUUUGGUAGCUUAUAAACAACCUUUGGGGUAAAGUUAUGGUGGAACUGUUUCUCUUUUCAUCUUUUGUAAUCCAUCUGCUAGUAUGCAACAAUUUUGUAUUGGUCUGAUA